UCACAUAGCACGUACAUAAUCACAUAACAUGAAAUUUUCAAGUAACUUUAAUAUACAAAAAUGUACAUCAGGUGUGACAAAUCUGAAACAUUUAGUGGUGCCUAGGACUAUUAGUGUCCUGAAACCACACCCACGUGAUCGACUACGAAAAAUAGCAACGAAGUUGUUUACAUUUGUUACAGGUGCUUGUUGUCACGACAACCUUGUAAAGAUGGAGAGGGUGUUUAUACUUUUCCUGCUUGUUGGCAGUUAUAUCAAUUUAGUAUCAUCUGCAUGUAAUCUUAUCACUGAUGCAGCAACAUUCACAAGUGAAAGAUCAUCCAAUGGUGUAGAGAUGAAGUUUUAUAGAGUACAGACCAGUGAGUGGGUGAACGAUGGUUUAACAAGCAAGGUUACAGCAGUGAUUAUAAGUCAUGCCAAUUCCUACUGUGGGAGUAGUCCAAAUGCAUGUGGUCUAACAUCCUGUUGUGAUAACAACAAUUUCAAGGAAACGAUGGUUGUUGCAGCAAGUGGAUAUCCACAAAACAUUCUGAAGGACUUACUGUUCAAAGUUUCUUUGGAUUUUCCAUAUGACCUCAAUUCCACAGGCACUCCCUCAUGUGUGAUGGGAAAAUCUGUGUUACAAACUAUAAUUGGUGAAGCCAGAGAGGGUAUCCAUGAUGAAACAGGUUUAUGGGUUACGUAUAUCGACGGUGAAUUUUAUGGUAUCCCCCCACCCACUCAACUUAACAGGAUCAUUAUUCCGAUUGCCGUUACCGUGGUUUCUGGUCUUGCCAUCCUGACCGUCAUUCUUAACAUCUGGAAUAAGAAGAGGGAGGAGUCAUUACGACGUAAGAAAAUAAUCGAGCAGAGAAAGAAGUCUAAGAAGGAGAAAGAUUCCCCUGUCUAUAACGUAGAUCCAAGAAAACCGGUACCACCUAGUGGUCUAACUGGGUCACUUGACAAGCGGGAAAAACCCAAAAGUGACCGGGUAGUGAUGAGUUACAGUAAUGUUAGUGACACUGACCGGGAUACAUCAACUAGUCGAGACACAUUGUCUAGUCGGAAGGACCAGCUUUAUCGAGACAACCUUAAGCAGAGUACGUUGUCAGCCAAGAAGACCGCUAGCAUCGCCAGUGAAGAUUCCGCCAUCAAAGUGGACACUGUUGACUCUUCACGCCAGCGUCAAGCUUUCUCCUACGAGAAGGAACUCGAUGGUGCAACAGGCUAUGGAAGCGGGUUCUCUGGGCCAGAUGCUCCACCUGCUAGUCACUUGAAGCCGUUAGACUCCGGGGCAGACGAUGAGGCAAGGUCACCUGAGAAAAAAAAGAAGAAGAAAAAGAAGAGAUUAAGUGCUGAAAAGAAAGAGAAGCUGAAAGAAAAAAAGAAGAUAGAUGAAUGGUUAGCUGGUAAGAAACAAGGGGGCUUUUGUUCUCAACUCUGA